AUGGCAGCAGAUGAAGGUUUGCAGGACACCUUGCGGCUCCAGUUCAAGGCACUUCAGGAGAUGCAGCACAAAAGGCUACAGAAGCAGAUGGAGAAAAGGAAAGAGAAAGAACUGAGCCUCAAAAGCAAAGACAAUGACCAAAAAGAGCCCCUGGAGAUCUCUGAUAGCUUCAACCUCCUCCACACAGGGGAGCAACACUCAAAAGACAGCUUUGAAAAGAGGGUGCUUGAAGACGAGAUUGAGCAGCUUCGAGAUCAACUCAGAGAAACAGUUGAUGAGAAUGGGAGAUUGUAUAAACUACUGAAGGAACGGGACUUUGAAAUCAAACACCUCCAAAAGAAAAUAGAGGAAGACAGAUUUGCCUUUACAGGGACAGCUGGUAUGGCCGGGGAUAUGGUUGCUACCAAAAUCGUCGAGCUGUCCAAAAAGAACCGGUUGCUGAUGGCAGAGUCAGAGGGUGCAAAAACCAGAACAAAGCAACUGAGCAAUCGCAUCCAGGAGCUGGAGCGGGAACUGCAGAUGGCUGUGGCCAGGCUGCCAGCCCAGGGGGCCGCUGAAGCGGGAGCCAAGCCUCCGAGGGCCCAGAUGGGAGACACAGCCUUGCCAGAGAGCCCAGAGGUAAAAGCCCUGCAGGAUAGGCUGGCAGCUGCAAACCUGAAAAUGAGUGACCUCCGUAACCAGAUCCAGGCUGUGAAGCAGGAGCUCAGGGUGGCCCAGAAGGUCUUGGCCAGCGAAGUUGGGGAAGACGUGAACGUCCAGCAGCUCCUGUCUACCCCUGGGACCUGGCGGGGUCGAGCUCAACAGAUUCUUGUCUUGCAGAGCAGGGUUCGAGAGCUGGAGAAGCAGUUGGGACAGACCCGGAGCCGGUCUGCAGGAACAGCUAGUGAUGAGCUGUCCAUCCAUUCAGACUCAAGGAAACUGUCGGCACAGGAGAAAAACCUGCUAAGGAUCCGCACCCUGGAAAGGGAAAAACAGGAAGGCUGGGAGAAACUUGCAAGUGAGCGGGACGCCCUCCAGAGAGAGCUUGAAGAGCUGAAAAAAAAGUUUGAGGGUGUGAAGUCUCGGAACAAGGUGCUGUCCAGUGAAGUCAAGACCCUCAGGAGUCAGAUGGGCACCCUGGUGGAGAAGGGCAGACAUGACGAUGAGCUCAUCGACGCCCUCAUGGGCCAGCUGAAACAGCUACAGGAGGUGCUGGGCAGCCUGAGUCUACAGGAAGAAAAGACACGCGCAUCCCACCAUCGCUUGGACCAGCAGCUCAACAGCGAGGCUCAGCAGAGCAGCAGCCUUGUUGCCCAACUGCGAGCCAUGGUGGCUGAGCGGGAGGCCAAGGUGCGGCAGCUGGAGCUGGAGAUUGGACAGCUCAGUGUGCAAUAUCUUCGGAAUAAAAGCAUGGACAACGGAUCCAGUGAGCCUGACGUCAACCACACCUCUAUCAAGGUCCCAGAGGAGUCAGGCAAGACCAAGUCCCCGGCCUCAGCAAGCAGUCACGUUGGCAGGGUUGGAUCUUCUCGCUCCGUGACCAGCCUGGGCCACACGCUGGUGGAAUCUGCUCUCACGUGGCCCUCUCUGCCCAGUCCUCAUGGGGCCUCACCCAGGUUCUUGGACUCCCCAGAACAAAAAGGCUGGCAGGCACAGGUGUCAGAGUUCAAAGCCCUCUGGCAGGCUGCUGAGGUGGAACGCGAUCGACUCACCGAGUUUGUCACUGUCCUACAGAAACGGGUGGAAGAGAGUAACAGCAAGCUUCUGGAGUCAGAGAGGAAGCUGCAGGAGGAGCGGCAGCGCGCCGUGGUGCUGGAGCAACAUCUGGAAAAGAUGCGUCUAGAGCCUGGGCGGGCGCCAGGUUCACAGAAAGCAGUCCCCAGGAGCAAAACAGGUCUGUCCACCUCUAACAGCAAGCACAACCUGACCAUGAGCAACAGAAAGGACCCCUCCUUCGCCCAGCUCUCUGAUGUGCCCAUGGAAUCCCAGAUGGAGGAGCUAACCACCAGGCUAGCCAUCCAGGUGGAGGAGAAUGAAAUGCUGAAGGCUGCCCUGGGCAGUGCCCUACGGGGGAAAGAGGAGGACUUCCGUACAUACCACGAGACCCUGGACCAGGUGAAAGAGGUCUUCCUGCAGGCCCUUCGGCAACAGAAGACAGACAAGCACUAG